AUGUCGAGACUACCCGAUUCGUUUUUGCCAUCAGGCGCGCUGCAGGACCCGAACGAGCAUGCACUAUCCUUGGCUGGGCUUGUGAACGGCCACCCAGGCUCGGUUAUAUCGCCUUUGAGCCUCCCGAAAAACGCGAAUCAACAUCUCUCGUACUUUGACGACCGGAGGUCACACAUUAUCGGACAUCCAUUCGCUAGCCCAGCGCAAGCUCAACAACAGCGACGAUACCUGUCACCACAACGAGGUGAAACAGCCGCCCGUGAUCCACGAUCUGCCAGUCUACCGCCUGCUAGCUAUAGUCAACAGCAACAAGUUCGGUCUGGCAGGCCUGGUUUCAUUUCCCCAUCGCUAUCACCUCUGAAUGAAAACCCCGAACAAGCAAGUCUUCAUCUACAACGGGUACUCACCCAGAACCGGAGGUUGCUGGAGAACUGGGAAGCCGAGCGUGCCCAUCUCGAAGCGAACCGAUCCCGUGCUGAAGAAAUCUACAAAGAAGAGCGUGCCAUCAUGGAUGAGGAUCGAAUGAUGUGGGCUGAAAAGGAGGCACAAUAUUUGGCCAGGAUCGCAGAAUUGGAACGCGAAAAUGCUACUCUGCGCGCAUCUGGCAGCUCUCGUGACUCUCCAGUCGCUGCAGUGGCAGGCAGUUCUGGGCCUUCAGGAAGAUCCGCUGUGCAGUUUCGUGCUAUUAUGGACAGCGCCUCCCCGAUUGCCACACCAAUCCUAGGACUAGGCCACACGAUGCCCGUGUCUCACCCCUUUGAGCCACUCGACCCUCGAAUGCAGAGCGCCUCUCCACAAGCAAACACUCCAAACGAUGGGCCCGAGACCCAGGAGAACAUUCCCUCCAUCGACGUACAGGAAGUGCAUCCUGAUCUCGAGGGCAUUCCCUUGAAGCCCACAGCCAUCAAGAAGACAACAUUCACAGACGAAAAGCCCCCCUCACCGCCUUUGUCAGGUUCAAACGUUACUGGCCCGAACUCGAAUUUGGGCUCGCCCAACAGCCGCUCAUCAAAAGCUACUCCUGCUGAAGUCACCAAAGAGACGUUACAGGCGCCGGAAGGGUCACGCCUUACUAUGCACGCUGGGCACACACCAAACCACUCGCUGUCUGCCAUUCCCACUGCCCAUUCUACAAACGCAACAAACACGGCCGGAAGCUCUGGUGCCUCGACUCCGACCCGCGGCCGAGGCCAAAGUCCACCCAAAGGUCAGGCUUUGGCAGAAGUAGAAUCCACAUACGCCGAUGGGCAAUACGAUUUCGACGCCGUGCAGACCGAGGCUGUAUUAGAGCCCAGCGAGAAUGACCCCGAGCUCAAGGGUCCGCUGUCAUUAAGGAAUCAGCAAGCUUUUGAUGAGAUUUUUCUCGCCAAGGUGGCUGCUGGCUUAGAAGAGUCAAUACGGAGCGAUGAUGCUACUCCGACAGUGCUUAAGCAUGGCGUCGAUGAGCCAGAAGUUCCAUCGCAACAGCCGGCGACGAUUACCAAGCCUGAUGAGGCGAGCCAGACAGAGGAGCUUGAAGAGGUUCCCCUCAAGUUCAAGACAGGCAAUACGAAUUUUGGCGCGCCGCUUGGGACGCUGCAUGGCUUCUAG